CUCAUAAGACCGACAAACAGGAAAGUUGACAUUUUGCUUGUUUCUCUCCAUUUUAAUUUAAUAGUAGUAAAACACAUUGGUUUCCCCAAUAUAUUUGUUGUCCUAGCUGUGUGUUUCAUUGGUGUUUUGAUUGACAUCUUCUCUCUCCCCUCUGAGUGCAUGUUUGGCCAGUGUGGAGCUGAGCGGGAAUGUGUUGCGUUCUAGAACUGGCUAUGCUGUUGAAAUGACAGAGGACUAAGUCGCGAGGUGCCUCCCCUCCCUGCUUCAAAGCUAUGCUAAUGCCAGGGACAGCUGUGGCCCUUUCCAGAAGUGUUGAUUUUAUAAACGCUUAACAAUCACCCUGUUAUACCAAUAAUUGCUUCAUUAAUUCUUCACGCUGUCACGCUCCCCAAAGUCCUCUAUCUGGCACUGCUGCUGUGUACCUUUAGUUCCGUCCGUGUCCAGAGUGCUGCUUCGGCUGUUGCUGUUAUUGGCCAGCCCUGAUGCACCCACAGCGUUCAAUAUCCCUAAUGAAGGCCAUUGAUGGUCUAAGGGGCCCACGGGGGAGCGUAGAGGGAGCAUUCCAGCCCCCUGCCCACGCGCCCCUCCACCCCAAGUGGCAGAAGGCUAGUGGAGGGGAUUGGGGGGGGACCUCCGCUGGAUGGGUCUUCAGGGACCCGAGGCGAUGAGGUCAGGCGUGCUCGUCCAGAUCCGUGUCGCCAUGCCAAGUGAUGAUAUUCAGAGCCAGGGGCGUUAUGCUGAGGAGGAGCGUUGGACGCUGUGGCAGUGAUGACCUCCCCAAAGACCGCGCUGUUGAGGUCACACUGGGGUGUGACAAGUGCAGGACUGCUUUCAAAAUACUCGCUGAGACGCACCGGUUAUCCAGCAGUUGAGAAGGACGUUGAAGUAUUUCCAGGACUACAGACAGAUGAUCAUUGAGCCCACGAGCCCCAAGCUGCUUCCUGACCCCCUGAGGGAGCCCUACUACCAGCCUCCCUACACCCUGGUCCUGGAGCUCACAGACGUCCUGCUGCACCCCGAGUGGUCGCUAGCUACAGGCUGGCGCUUCAAGAAGAGGCCAGGCAUCGACUACCUGUUCCAGCAGCUAGCCCCUCUCUACGAGAUAGUCAUCUUCACUGCAGAAACAGGCAUGACGGCGUACCCUCUGAUUGACAGCAUCGACCCCCAGGGCUUUGUCAUGUACCGCCUCUUCAGGGACGCCACGCGUUACGUGGAGGGACAUCACGUCAAGGACGUGUCGUGUCUCAACCGGGACACUUCCAAGGUGAUAGUGGUGGACUGUAAGAGGGAAGCCUUCAGUCUGCAGCCUUUCAACGGCAUGGCUCUGACGAAAUGGGACGGCAACUCAGAGGACCGAACACUCUACGACCUAGCUCAUUUUCUCAAGACCAUUGCUCUCAGUGGAGUGGAUGACGUCCGCUCUGUCCUGGAGAACUAUGCACUGGAAGAUGACCCCGUAGAGGCCUUCAAACGCAGACAAGCGCAGCUAGCACAGGAGGAGGAGCAGAGGUUGGCAGAGCUGACCAAGCAGAAGAAGCAGGGCAUGUCCUUGGGCUCCAUUGCCGGAAGGUUCUGGCGUUCCAAACAAGAGUGAGUGGCCCUCUCACUCGCACCCACCAAUCCCAGCCCACCCCUCCACAGUGUCAGGCCAAAAGGAUGGCGGGCCACAGUCACUCGGUGGGGUGGGCGGCGGGCGUCUCUGGACACGUGGGGGAGGAGACAAGGAGGAGAGACCGUCCAAUCAGCUGGACUUUUGACUGUCGCAAGCAUGUCUUUGGGGGGGGGGGGGGUGUGAGCAAGGCUCCAAAAGAACAUUCUGGUACCUCUGUUGCCAGCGACAUCACUUCCUGGAUCUCAGAUGCUCUGGUGUAGGCAGUGUAGCCCCCCCCCCCCAUCGAAUUGUCUGUUGGCACUGACAAAUACAAAAUGGUGCUGAGUGGUUAGACAUUAUUGACUGAACCAUUUCAGUCCACAUUAGUUCAUCCACUUCUACCCACCAGCCGGUCAUACAGGGAACAGACCAGAGAACAGUGCUCUUAUCUGCAACUUCCAUGCACUUGGAUUUGGUGCUCUGGAAGGGAGUUUGAUCAGCUUUGAACAACAGUGAAUUAUUGGUUUUGCUUUGUGCAUAUCUAAGACUGAGCUGGUCAGGGUAAAGGAUAUUAAUGUUGCACUCUGAGACUCUCUAAGCUUCUCUCCACCAAUGAGAAGUAAUACCUUGGACAGGUACUGCCGAUGCCAACGGGACUGUGUG